AUGUCAUCGCCUAGCUCAGGAAAACGUCGCAUGGAUACCGAUGUUAUAAAGCUUAUCGAAAGUAAGCACGAAGUCAACAUUACUGGUGGGCUCAACGAAUUCAAUGUCAAAUUCUAUGGUCCUUCCGGGACUGCAUACGAGGGUGGCGUCUGGCGUGUCCGUGUCGAGCUUCCAGAAAAGUAUCCGUUCAAGUCGCCUUCUAUAGGUUUUAUGAAUAAAAUUUUCCAUCCGAACAUUGACGAAGCCAGUGGCUCCGUUUGCUUGGAUGUCAUCAAUCAGGCAUGGACAGCACUUUAUGAUCUAGCAAAUAUUUUCGAGUCCUUUCUCCCCCAGCUGCUCACCUAUCCAAAUCCAACCGAUCCGCUGAACGGUGACGCCGCAGCCCUUUAUCUGCAUAAACCAGAGGAAUUCAAGAAGAAGUGCAAGGGUAUAGUUUACUGUAUUUGA